GGCUUCUUGUCCUUCUAUCUGUAUUCCUGCAACCUCCUUUGGUGCUACCAAGCGCGAGCUCCUCCGAUGCUCCUCAAAGCGUUGGCGGGAGGAGGUGGUGAGGUGGAAUCCGCCUAUGCUGCGGCCGAUGACGGUCCGUGCUUCUCUCGACAUCAAGGUGUCUGAUAUGGGUGUCAAUGGUGAGCUUUUGAGCUUUAUUUCUAUUUCUCCGUGGGGGUUUUGAGGAUCUCAAGAUUUGGAUUUUGUGUAAAAUUUCGAAGUCCGACUGGAGAUUUAGUUAGAUUUUUGCUACUAUGGAGUGGUCGGCCAAGUUAGGACGCCUGGUGUUAGAUGAAUGUUCGGGUUCUGAAUUUGGUAGCAUGCAUCCGGCCAAUUGAGGGCUUCUAAUUGGUUCUUGGUCACGGUCUGUGUUGUUAUACUUUAUCGUACAUCCUGCAUCGCAACUAUCACUAUGGGGAUCCGCAGAUUGGUAUUGAAGUCCAAAAACUCCAAAAGGGUUGUUUCCACCAGAACCUGAGCACUACAAGGGGCCGAAGCUUAAAGUAGCCAUUAUUGGAGCUGGGCUUGCUGGCAUGUCAACUGCAGUUGAACUUUUGGAUCAGGGGCAUGAGGUUGACAUAUAUGACACUCGAACUUUUAUUGGUGGCAAAGUGGGUUCUUUCGUGGACAAACGUGGAAACCAUAUCGAGAUGGGUCUUCAUGUAUUUUUUGGUUGCUAUAGCAAUCUUUUUCGACUCAUGAAAAAGGUUGGUGCUGAUGAAAAUUUAUUGGCGAAGGACCACACUCACACGUUUGUAAAUAAAUGGGGUGAAAUUGGUGAACUUGAUUUUCGAUUUCCAUUGGGGGCACCAAUACAUGGUAUACGAGCAUUUCUAUUGACGAAUCAACUGAAGCCUUAUGAUAAAGCGAGGAAUGCUGUAGCUCUUGCCUUAAGCCCAGUCGUUCGGGCACUUGUGGAUCCAAAUGGUGCAAUGCAGGACAUACGGAACUUAGAUAAUAUUAGCUUCACAGAUUGGUUCUUGUCCAAAGGUGGAACCCGCAAGAGCAUCGAAAGGAUGUGGGAUCCUGUUGCUUAUGCCCUUGGAUUUAUUGACUGUGAUAAUAUCAGUGCCCGUUGUAUGCUCACCAUAUUUUGUCUGUUUGCCACUAAGACAGAGGCUUCUCUUUUGCGUAUGCUGAAGGGUUCUCCUGAUGUUUACUUAAGUGGCCCUAUAAGAAAGUAUAUUGAAGACAAAGGUGGACGAUUUCACUUGCGAUGGGGCUGCAGAGAGAUACUUUAUGAGAAAUCCCAGGAUGGAGGCACAUAUGUCACAGGAAUUGCGGUGUCUAAGGCCACAAAUAAAAAAAUUGUGAAAGCUGAUGCUUAUGUCGCAGCAUGUGACGUCCCUGGAAUUAAGAGACUGAUUCCAUCUCAGUGGAGGGAAUUGGAUCAGUUUGACAAUUUGUAUAAACUAGUUGGAGUUCCAGUUGUGACUGUUCAACUUAGGUAUAAUGGCUGGGUGACAGAGCUACAAGAUCUGGAGAGAUCAAGGCAACUGAAACGAGCUGCAGGAUUGGAUAAUCUUCUUUAUACUCCAGAUGCAGACUUUUCCUGUUUUGCAGACCUGGCGCUCACAUCACCAGAAGAUUAUUACAUAGAAGGACAGGGUUCCCUAAUCCAGGCUGUACUUACACCUGGCGAUCCAUACAUGCCUUUGCCAAAUGAUGCUAUCAUAAGCAAAGUCCAAAAGCAGGUACUUGAAUUAUUCCCCUCUUCUCAAGGUUUGGAAGUUCUGUGGUCUUCAGUGGUGAAAAUUGGGCAAUCCCUAUAUCGGGAGGCACCAGGAAAUGAUCCAUUUAGACCUGAUCAAAAGACGCCUGUGGAAAAUUUCUUUCUUGCUGGUUCCUACACUAAGCAGGACUACAUUGACAGUAUGGAAGGGGCGACUCUCUCUGGCAGACAAGCAGCCGCCUAUAUCUGCAGUGCUGGAGAGCACCUGGCAGCACUCCAGAAGAAGCUUGCAUCCAAUGAAUCAGAAGGCACCCUGAGAGAUUCGAACGCAGCAGAUGAACUAAGUUUGGUUUGAUAGAUAAAUUUGUUGAUAUCAGAUGUGGAACAAUGCAUCAAUAUGAUGACUUAAUUUUUGGGGGUUCAGAUGAGGGACAAUGCAUCGACAGGUUCCAUCUCCAUGAACUCAGUGGAUGUAUUGCUGCCUUUCCCAACCUGUUCAUGUUUUAAGCAUUGUGCGUAAAUUAGGAACUGAUUUACACAUGGCAUACGGGAUAAAUUCAGGCAAACAUCAAUUACACAGUAUUAAUAGAAUUACCACGUCACCGUAUAGUGUUUUGGUCUUGUACCUUUUAUUGAGAGCUUGUCAUGGCGUUUUGAGUUUUAAUAGAGAUACGUGGUGAAGCUGUCUGCCGUCAUU